AGGAGAGAGAUGAGUAGGUAGGGCAUUUUGAAAGCGCUGAACGUAGGGAUGGUGAGAGAAAGACUGAGAGGGAAGGAACAAGGGAGGAGAGGAGAAGAUCUCUAAGCGAGAUGCAUGGCACUACAUCCUACAACAUCUGACUUCCCUGCCCCCCUGUGACAGUCGAGGGAGCACUCAGAGAAAGGCACAGACAGACUCAUCCCUUCAGAUAAGCAUGUCCUGGAUCACUCGUCCUGGCAUGGCUGUACUCAAACUGGGAAAUAUAUGGGCUACCAGGUCACUCGCUCUUAUGGCAGCAACAAGAGCUGCAUAAGUGUGAAACUACUGAGAAUGGACCUCCGUUUCUGGUGUCCCACAUGAACUCUGUGAAAAAGAAAGGGUAAAUAUAUGCCACACAGUGCACCGGCCUGACUACCUCCUUCCCCCUGGAAACCUGUGACCUUGUUGUGAUUACUGUCUACCGCUGUCUACCUGCCUGUUCUCCUGGAGCUGUAUUGUGGCACAGCAGGUGGGAAUGUGACUUACUCAGGUGGAAUACAAAGAGCCAUGUACUCUGCAAAAGGACAGUGGAACAUUUGUUAUAUGUUGAGGGGAGAAUGUCACUUCUGACCUGUUGCACAUUUCUGCCUGUGGUUCACAAACCUUGGAAUAAACAUUGAAGAUGGGACAUGGUGUUGUCCGUGAUCAUUUCUGCAAGAUCUGUUUGGCCAAGACAAAGGACAAAAGGCUAAAAACAAGCCUGAAUACAACACAGCUUUCAUGUCAGGACCACGUGGAUAUUACAAUGCACAAACCCUUCCCACGCUCUGAAAAGGAAGAGCAGAGAGUGUUUCCAUCUCCCACAUCCUCCCACAGAAAUCUGAGGAUGCAAGGGAAUGAGGUAUGAGCUGUUUGGACGGUGUUUCAUCAACCCUACAGAGAGGUGUUUGAGGAAACCGGGGUGUCCCCACUUCAGUCUGUGCCAUGCUGGGGAUAGGGACAGCUGAUGCAUUUGUUAAAUUUUAGCUCGUUUGACAUCAGAAAACUAAGGAACAAGAGCACAACGGAGCAGGUACAUAGCAGAAUGGCACUGAAGGAGCAAAGGACACUGGUAAGAUAAAGAGGCAUUGGAGUAUGGAUGGAGUCUAUGCCAUCUAGUCUAACACAUCAGCGCUUCGGUUUGCUAAACAAGCACCUAACGAGGACAGGGAACACAAGGGAGGGGAGAAUGCAUACCCCUCCUGUGCUGGGAUUCCAGGCCAUCAUGAGCAACGUCACUGUCCUCGAUAACAUUGAACCCCUUGAUUUCGAAAUGGACCUGAAAACUCCUUACCCUGUCAGCUUCCAGGUGUCUCUUACGGGUUUCCUCAUGUUGGAGAUUGUGUUGGGUCUCAGUAGCAACCUGACGGUGCUGGCUCUUUACUGUAUGAAGUCAAACCUGGUGAGCUCUGUCAGCAACAUUGUAACCAUGAACCUUCAUGUUCUGGAUGUGCUGGUUUGUGUGGGAUGCAUCCCACUUACGAUAGUGGUGGUGCUUUUGCCACUGGAAGGCAACAAUGCACUUAUUUGCUGCUUUCAUGAGGCUUGUGUGUCAUUUGCUAGUGUGGCCACUGCUGCCAAUGUGCUGGCUAUCACACUAGACCGAUACGACAUCUCAGUUCGGCCUGCAAAUAGAGUUCUGACAAUGGGACGUGCAGUGGCCCUAUUAGGUUCCAUUUGGGCAUUAUCAUUCUUCAGCUUUCUGGUACCUUUCAUAGAAGAGGGUUUUUUCAGCCAGGCUGGUAAUGAAAGGAAUCAGACAGAGGCUGAAGAGCCUUCAAACGAAUACUACACAGAAUUGGGACUGUACUAUCACCUGCUGGCACAGAUCCCAAUCUUCUUCUUCACUGCUGUGGUCAUGCUGGUUACUUACUACAAGAUUCUGCAGGCUCUGAAUAUCCGCAUUGGCACACGCUUCCAUUCGGUGCCCAAGAAAAAACCAAGAAAGAAAAAGACCAUCUCUAUGACGUCCACUCAACCAGAAUCUACUGAUGCCUCACAAAGCAGUGCAGGCAGAAAUGCACCUUUGGGUAUGCGUACCUCUGUAUCUGUGAUCAUAGCCCUCCGCAGGGCAGUCAAACGGCACAGGGAACGCCGUGAAAGGCAAAAGAGGGUUUUUCGCAUGUCGCUUCUUAUCAUCUCCACCUUUUUGCUUUGCUGGACACCCAUAACUGUGCUCAACACGGUUAUCCUAAGUGUGGGGCCCAGCAAUUUCACUGUGCGUCUCAGACUGGGCUUCCUGGUCAUGGCUUACGGAACCACCAUUUUUCAUCCGCUGCUCUAUGCCUUUACUAGGCAGAAAUUUCAGAAGGUUUUAAAGAGUAAAAUGAAGAAGCGUGUUGUGUCAGUUGUUGAGGCUGACCCUAUGCCCAACAAUGUGGUCAUUCACAACUCAUGGAUUGACCCAAAAAGGAACAAAAAGGUGACUUUCGAGGAGACAGAGGUCAGGCAAAAAUGCCUCUCAUCAGAGGAUGUGGAAUGAGCUACUGGGCCGAUUUUUGGCAAAAAUCCUCAUCAGGUACAGAGUCGUUAAAAAGGGAAACCACUAAUCCAAAGCAGUAAUGAACUUAAGUGUAUUAAUUGUACAGUACCUGAAGAGGAGUAAUUUAUUAUUAUUUAUUGUGAUGGUGACUACUGUAGAUGUCAUAGACGUUGAAGUGUAAAUACUGCAUGUGCUUUAUUGAACUGGUCCUAGAUAUUGUACAUACAUAUCAAAGUAUAAACCUCAAAUGUAAAGUAGAAAAUUAUGCUCCUGGGUUUGUGCAUUUGCAUUAAAUUCCCCCGAAAUUUGCAGAUUUUCUUUUCGGAUUUGUGCAAUAACACUGGGUCAUAAUUUUAGGAGUAAAGAUUUUUGAAUCUAUGAAAAAAGAGGUUAUAUGUCUUCUGUUUUACCUUAAAUUUCACUGGUGACAAAUAAGCGAUAAAUACUAAAAAAUUUAAAGCAUGAGCUUUAUUAAGUGGAUAUCUAUUAUUUGCCCUCUACCCUGCAAUAAAAAAGCGAGAUAACGUUACUACUACUCAGGUCAACAAGUCACAAGACUUUCAAAGCAAGGUCUGCUUCCAUUUAAAAUCACUUGCAUGACCAGUUGGCAUAAAAUUACUUCUUUUUAUAGGUAUAAACGAGGUGGUGUACAGCAUAUCGUCCAAUAAAGCU